AUGUUCUCACAAAUCUUCGAUCAAAUCAAAGAAGGCUUAGCCGAUGCUGCCAAUCAACCAGCGCAAGCUCCUUCUGGUAAGCCAGCUCAACAAGGAGAGGGUUCUGCUUCGGGUGGUGGUAGCGGAGACUUCCUCAGUGGACUCAUCAAUGUCGCUAAAGAAGUUGGAUCGGUGAUUAAUGAGGAUAACAAGACUCCUGCACCACCUCCAGAGCCACAACAGAAUCCAGGUUUCAAACAGGAAGAUAUUGCUAUGAUCUCGAAGGGAAUUGGAGCUUUGGUCAACACAUUAAUGGAUAAGAAGGAAGGAGGAGAUCAAGCUUCUGCCGAAGCUGGAAAAGCGAAGUUGGUUGGCGCACAGGCCACGGAGACCAAUGAGGCUCCCGGAGCAGGUGGAGACUUCCUCGGUGGACUUAUGAAUGUUGCCAAAGAUGCAUACAAAGCAAUGGGAGAACAACAGAAACCGGAUACGCUUUCUGCACCACAGCAACAGCCCCAAUCACAACUUGGAUCUGACGACAUCUCUAAAUUCAUCCAAGGAUUGGCUCCACUCGUUGGCAAAGCCUUUGGCGGUGGCGAAGCAGCAAGCGAAAAAGCAGGCGGAGAGGGAACAACCAGUGUUGCUCCCCAGCAGCCUACUGGACAGCAAGGUACAGCUGCCGAGCACGAUUUCUUGAACAACUUCCUGAACAUCGCCAAAGAAGUCGGCAUGAAACUUACCGAUCAGCAAGGCGGACAGGCGGGAGUACAACCCGAGGCUGCUGCAGCAGCCAGUCACGACAAAUCCAAAGUAAGCACAGAAGACUACACCAAACUACUGUCGGUACUUGGUCCCCUUGUUGGCUCAAUUGCAAGCAAGACUUUCUCACCGGAGGCACCAAAACAGGUUGAGGAGGAAGUUGCAAAACUCGACGCACAAGGAGGAAAAGUGCAGGUGCCAUCUAUGGCAGGAGAUACAGCAGCAAAAUCUGGUGAACAAGGUACACAAGCAGCUGGAGGUAGCGACUUCCUCAGUGGACUCAUGAAUAUAGCCAAAGAUCUCGGCAAAGCCGUUAAUGAACCAGCACAAUCACAGACUCAGCAGACUCAGCAGGGUAACCAUCCAUCCAUCAACCAGGAUGAUAUCGCAAAAAUUACCGCUGGACUGGGUACCCUUGGUAUGCUGUUGAAGGAUAAAUUCCAGAAACCUGAUGCUGGAGCAGGACAAGAAGCAGAAGCUGAGAAAAAAGCAGAAAAGCCCAAAGAGCAACCUAAACAUGAGCCUGUUAUCGACGAUGUGGAGGGCGAAAUUGGACGAGUUCACAUCACCGGAUACACUGGCGAAAAGAAGAAGGAAUAAUUUUCGUUUUUGUCUUCCCACUUCAUGUGAAUUCCAUACUCU